AUGGCUUCCAAAACUCCCCUCCUCGCUUUCCUCAUCCUGCUCAUUGUAUCCUGCAGUCAAGUGCUUGCAGGGCGCCCUGUCAAGGAAGACGCGAAGCAGCCCAACUUCUUCCAAUCUGACAACUUGACUGUUCGGGGGAUCGGAAGAGUGUUGCCUCCAAGGUUCCGCAUUCCUUCUUUCAGGCCGUACACUGCUCCCCGCAAGUACAUUCCAGGCGCUGAUGACACAUUUGUGCCGAACCCCGGAUUUGAGGUCCCAUUGCCUCAAAGGGGUCCUGCUGCUGCUCGCCCUUGA